AUGUCCACCAAAGCGGAGCAGUUUGCUUCCAAGAUCCGCUAUCUACAGGAAUACCAUAACCGCGUUCUUCACAACAUUUACCCUGUGCCCUCUGGAACUGACAUUGCAAACACUCUGAAAUACUUUUCUCAGACUUUAUUGAGCAUUUUGUCCCGCACAGGGAAGAAGGAGAAUCAAGAUGCCUCCAAUUUGACAGUGCCCAUGACCAUGUGUCUUUUUCCUGUGCCAUUCCCACUCACCCCAUCUCUAAGACCACAGGUCAGUUCCAUCAACCCUACUGUUACUCGCUCCCUCCUUUACAGCGUCCUGCGAGAUGCUCCAUCUGAACGCGGCCAGCAAAGUCGUGAUGCUCAGUUAUCAGACUACCCAUCAUUGGACUAUCAAGGACUUUACGUGACAUUGGUGACUCUGCUGGAUCUAGUUCCUUUGCUACAGCAUGGUCAGCAUGAUCUUGGACAGUCGAUUUUUUACACAACCACAUGUUUGCUUCCUUUUCUCAAUGAUGACAUCCUGAGUACUUUGCCUUAUACAAUGAUUUCAACAUUAGCCACCUUUCCACCAUUUCUGCACAAGGAUAUUAUAGAGUAUCUCAGUACCUCUUUUCUGCCUAUGGCUAUAUUGGGAUCUUCGAGGAGAGAAGGAGUGCCUGCACACGUCAAUCUAUCUGCAUCUUCAAUGCUAAUGAUUGCAAUGCAGUACACAUCAAAUCCUGUGUAUCAUUGUCAGUUACUGGAAUGCCUCAUGAAAUAUAAGCAAGAAGUAUGGAAAGACUUGCUGUAUGUAAUAGCUUAUGGUCCUUCUCAAGUAAAACCUCCGGCAGUACAAAUGCUAUUCCACUAUUGGCCCAAUUUAAAACCGCCAGGGGCAAUAAGUGAGUACAGAGGAUUGCAGUACACAGCCUGGAAUCCCAUCCACUGCCAGCACAUUGAAUGCCAUAAUGCAAUUAACAAACCAGCUGUGAAGAUGUGCAUAGAACCUUCCUUGUCUGUGGCUCUGGGUGAUAAGCCACCCCCGCUUUACCUGUGUGAAGAAUGCAGCCAGAGGAUUGCAGGGGACCACAGUGAAUGGUUGGUUGAUGUUCUCCUGCCACAAGCUGAAAUUUCUGCUAUAUGUCAGAAGAAGAACUGUAGCUCACAUGUCAGAAGGGCUGUCGUCACCUGCUUCUCAGCAGGCUGCUGUGGCCGCCAUGGUAACAGGCCAGUGCGCUACUGCAAAAGAUGCCAUUCGAACCAUCACAGCAGUGAAGUUGGGGCAGCAGCAGAGACCCACCUUUAUCAGACAUCUCCUCCCCCAAUCAAUACGCGGGAGUGUGGGGCUGAGGAACUAGUUUGUACUGUGGAAGCUGUGAUCAGCUUGCUGAAAGAAGCAGAGUUCCAUGCUGAGCAGAGGGAAUAUGAACUCAACCGCAGGAGGCAGAUGGGCCUCUCCUCUUCCCAUCAUUCCUUGGACAACACUGACUUUGAUAACAAAGAUGAUGACAAGCAUGACCAGCGCAUCCUGAGCCAGUUUGGAAUCUGGUUCUUAGUGAGCCUUUGUACUCCCAGUGAGAAUACUCCAACAGAGAGCUUAGCUCGCCUGGUUAGUAUGGUUUUCCAGUGGUUUCAUUCCACAGCUUAUAUGAUGGAUGAUGAAGUUGGUAGCCUGGUGGAAAAACUCAAACCUCAGUUUGUCACCAAGUGGCUGAAGACAGUUUGUGAUGUUCGAUUUGAUGUCAUGGUUAUGUGCCUACUUCCUAAGCCAAUGGAAUUUGCCAGGGUUGGUGGAUACUGGGACAAAUCCUGUAGCACUGUGACACAAUUAAAGGAAGGUCUGAGUCGCAUCCUCUGCCUGAUUCCAUACAAUGUAAUAAACCAGCCUGUCUGGGAAUGUAUUAUGCCAGAAUGGCUGGAAGCCAUUAGAACAGAAGUGCCUGAUAAUCAACUGAAAGAGUUCAGAGAAGUACUAAGCAAAAUGUUUGAUAUUGAGCUUUGCCCACUGCCUUUUUCCAUGGAGGAGAUGUUUGGCUUCAUUAGUUGUCGAUUCACGGGCUAUCCUUCCUCUGUGCAGGAGCAAGCUUUGCUCUGGCUGCAUGUGUUAUCUGAGUUAGACAUUGUGGUUCCUCUUCAGCUACUGAUCAGUAUGUUUUCCGAUGGAGUUAAUUCGGUCAAAGAGUUAGCAAAUCAAAGAAAAUCAAGAGUCAGUGAACUGGCAGGGAAUCUUGGAGCUCGAAGGGUGAGUGUUGCCUCUGACCCUGGACGCAGGGUUCAGCACAAUAUGCUGAGUCCUUUCCCAAGUCCUUUCCAGAGCCCAUUUCGCAGCCCCAUGCGCAGUCCUUUCCACAGCCCAUUCAAGAACUUUGGACAUCCUGGAGGGAGGACUAUAGACUUUGACUGUGAUGAAGAUGAAAUGAAUCUGAAUUGCUUCAUACUGAUGUUUGAUCUCAUCCUGAAGCAGAUGGAACUCCAAGAUGAUGGCAUCACCUUGGGUUUGGAGAACAGUCUCUCGAAGGACAUAAUUUCCAUCAUAAACAAUGUGUUUCAGGCCCCUUGGGGUGGCUCUCACACCUGUCAGAAAGAUGAAAAAGUAGUAGAAUGUAACCUGUGCCAGUCUAGCAUUCUCUGUUACCAGCUGGCUUGUGAGCUGCUGGAGCGACUAGCUCCAAAAGAAGAAAUCAGGCUGGUGGAGCCCACAGACAACCUUGAGGAUAGUCUUCUGUAUACUAGACCCGAAUUUAUUAUAGGAACUGAAGGGGAAGAGGAAAAUAAAUCUGCAACAAAACAUGGAGAAAACCCAGGAAAUCAUAGAGAGACAACAGAAAAUGCUGCAUCAAUAAAAAAUGACACCGAAAGAAAAUUCUGUUACCAGCAACUUCCAGUUACCUUGAAGCUCAUAUACACUAUAUUGCAGGAAAUGGCUAGAUUUGAAGAGCCAGACAUUCUUUUUAACAUGCUGAACUGUUUGAAGAUUCUCUGUCUUCAUGGGGAAUGUUUGUACAUUGCAAGAAAGGACCAUCCACAAUUCUUGGCUUACAUUCAAGAUCAGAUGCUGAUUGCAAGUUUAUGGAGAGUAGUGAAGUCUGAUUUCUCUCAGCUUUCUUCAUUGGCUGUUCCACUCCUUCUACAUGCUCUGUCGCUUCCUCAUGGAGCUGAUAUUUUCUGGACAAUCAUAAACAGCAAUUUUAACAGCAAAGAUUGGAAGAUGAGGUUUGAAGCAGUAGAGAAAGUGGCUGUUUUGUGCAGGUUUCUGGACAUUCACUCAGUGACCAAAAAUCACCUGCUGAAAUAUUCUUUGGCUCAUGCAUUCUGCUGUUUUUUGACUGCCGUGGAGGAUGUCAACCCUGCAGUGGCAACAAGAGCUGGGCUAUUACUUGACACCAUAAAGAGGCCAGCUUUGCAGGGUCUGUGCCUCUGCCUUGAUUUCCAGUUUGAUACAGUUGUCAAAGACAGACCCACAAUUCUCAGCAAGCUUUUGCUCCUUCAUUUUCUAAAGCAGGACAUUCCGGCUUUGAGCUGGGAGUUCUUUGUGAAUCGCUUUGAGACACUCUCUCUGGAAGCACAGCUUCAUCUGGAUUGCAACAAAGAAUUCCCUUUUCCAACAACUAUCACUGCUGUCCGGACAAAUGUCGCCAACCUCAGUGAUACAGCAAUGUGGAAGAUCAAGAGGGCUCGUUUUGCACGUAAUCGUCAGAAGAGCGUGCGUUCCCUGAGGGACAGCGUGAAGGGACCUGGGGAAUCAAAGAGAGCACUCUCUCUUCCAGAAACCUUAACCACCAAAAUCCCUGUGAGGUUGACCAGGCAUGAGCAGUCUGCUCCUGCACUUGGUGGAACACCAGAGCAAACGCCAGGACAACCAUCCCCAGAGAAUGACAAUACAAUAAAGGACCUGCUUCCAGAGGAUGCUGGGAUUGAUCAUCAGACCGUCCACCAGCUGAUUACUGUGCUAAUGAAGUUUAUGGCAAAGGAUGAGAGUAGUGCUGAGUCAGAUAUCAGCAGUGCUAAAGCCUUCAACACAGUGAAGCGCCAUCUGUAUGUCUUGCUUGGCUAUGAUCAACAGGAAGGAUGCUUCAUGAUUGCGCCUCAGAAAAUGCGCAUUUCAACUUGUUUUAAUGCAUUUAUCGCUGGAAUAGCACAAGUGAUGGACUAUAACAUUAACCUGGGAAAACAUCUCCUUCCAUUAGUGGUUCAGGUGCUGAAGUAUUGCACUUGUCCUCAACUAAGACAUUACUUCCAGCAGCCUCCCCGCUGCUCCCUCUGGUCCAUCAAACCUCACAUUCGGCAGAUGUGGUUAAAGGCGUUACUUGUCAUCCUUUACAAGUAUCCGUACAGAGACUGUGACAUCAGCAAGAUUGUGCUGCAUCUGAUCUACAUAACAGUCAACACACUCAACGCCCAGUACCACAGCUGCAAGCCACAUGCCACAGCCGGUCCUUUGUACAGUGACAACAGUAACAUAAGCCGGUACAGUGAAAAGGAAAAAGAGGAAGACAGUGUCUUUGAUGAAUCUGAUAUUCAUGAUACCCCAACUGGACCCUGCAGUAAAGAGUCGCAAACAUUCUUUGCAAGACUGAAAAGAAUUGGUGGCAGCAAAAUGGUGAAAUAUCAACCAGUUGAGAUGAAUGCCCAGAGAAGUGAAAUAGAACUGGCUGAAUAUAGAGAAACUGGGGCGUUACAAGACAGCAUUCUACACUGUGUGAGAGAAGAAAGCAUUCAGAAAAAAAACCUGCGCUCUCUAAAACAAAAAUCUCUUGAUAUAGGGAAUGCAGACUCCCUGUUGUUUUCAUUAGAUGAACAUCGUAGGAAGUCCUGCAUAGACCGGUGUGACUUAGAUAAACCACCCACCACUGCUGCUUACACCAUGCAUAGACAGAAUGAUUAUGGACGACCUAGACAGAAUUCUUCUACCAGGAUUGAAAAUACAGAGACACAAGAGAAUCCUUCUGUCAUGGAAAGCUUCCGGGAAAUAAGGAGACCUGUCAUACCAGAAGUCAGGCUAAACUGCAUGGAAACAUAUGAAGUAAAAAUGGAUUCUCCAGUGAAACCUCCUGUUCUUAAAGAGGAUUUAGAUCUGAUAGAUUUGUCCUCUGACUCAACAUCAGGGCCUGACAAGCAUUCAAUCCUUUCCACUUCAGACAGUGACUCUCUAGUCUUUGAACCACUUCCUCCCCUGAGAAUAGUGGAGAGUGAUGAAGAAGAAGAAACAACAAACCAAUUAAAUGAUGGUGUCUCUGGCAAAACUGCCAUGUCAUCUCCCUCAUCUCUCAUCAGUGCCUCUGCCCUCAGCCUCAGUGCAACCCGCCUCGUGCAGUUCAGCAUUGAGGAUUGCUCCAAAGACUUUACAUCUAAGGAUGCGAGCAAUAAUGUUUCAUUAGGAAAAAAGGAAAUCCCCUCCACAGCUCCCAAAGAUCAAAAAGACUUUGAAGAGUUAGCUAAGCCAGAGGAGCUUCAAGAUGUGUCCUGCGGGAGCCCACUAACACUUAAGCAAAAGCGAGAUCUAUUGCAAAAGUCAUUUGCACUCCCUGAGAUGUCCCUUGAUGAUAACUCUGAGCUUAGCGUGGAAGAAAUUAAACCUAGUGGACCAGUUCCAAGUUCAAAUGUAAAAACUGUCCUUAUUAAGGUUCCUGAAGACUCUGAAAACCAAACAGAACCUGAUAAGCUUGAUGCCAGCACAGAAUCUGAUACAGAACAGAAACAGGAGGAAGAAGCUGAGGAGUCAGAAUUUAAGAUUCAGAUUGUUCCCAGGCAGAGAAAACAGAGAAAGAUUGCUGUGAGUGCUAUACAGAGAGAAUACCUUGACAUUUCCUUCAACGUUCUAGACAAGCUGGGGGAACAGAAAGAGACAGAUCCCACUGCUAAAGGACUUUCAACUCUCGAAAUGCCAAGAGAAUCAUCUUCUGCUCCAACACUUGAAGCAGGUGUGCCAGAGACAAGUAGUCACUCUUCCAUAUCAACUCAGUUCAGACAGAUGAAAAGGGGCUCCCUGGGAGCUCUGACAAUGAACCAGCUAAUGAAGAGACAGCUGGAACACCAAUCUAGUGCACCCCAUAAUAUCAGCACUUGGGACACUGAACAGAUACAGCAUGGGAAGCGGCCGUGCAAUGUCUCAGUUUGCCUAAACCCUGACCUGGAGGGACCACCACUAAGAAUAAGAGGUGCCACCAAAUCCAGCUUACUGUCAGCACCCAGUAUAGUCAGUAUGUUUGUACCAGCCCCAGAAGAAUUUACCGAUGACCAACCUACUAUGAUGACUGACAAAUGCCAUGAUUGUGGGGCUAUCCUCGAAGAGUAUGAUGAAGAAACACUAGGUCUGGCCAUAGUUGUUCUCUCCACAUUCAUUCACCUCAGCCCAGAUUUGGCUGCUCCUUUGUUGUUGGACAUCAUGCAGUCUGUAGGAAGGUUGGCGUCAAGUACCUGUUUUUCUAAUCAAGCAGAAAGCAUGAUGAUCCCUGGUAAUGCUGCCGGUGUGGCUAAGCAAUUUCUCCGUUGCAUUUUCCAUCAGCUGGCUCCCAAUGGUAUAUUUCCACAGCUGUUCCAGAGCAAUAUCAAAGAUGGAAGUUUUUUACGGACCCUGGCUACAUCUCUUAUGGACUUCAGUGAGCUGAGCUCCGUAGCUGCACUGAGCCAACUAUUAGAGGGUUUAAACAACAAAAAGAACUUGCCAGCAGGGGGCGCAAUGCUACGUUGUUUGGAAAACAUUGCUACAUUUAUGGAAGCUUUGCCAAUGGAUUCUCCUAGUAACCUCUGGACCACUAUUAGUAACCAGUUUCAGACUUUCUUUACCAAACUGCCUUGUGUUUUGCCACUUAAGUGUUCUUUAGAUUCCAGCUUAAGAAUAAUGAUUUGCCUGUUGAAGAUACCUACCACUAGUGCCACCCGGAGUCUUCUUGAGCCAUUUUCAAAAUUAUUAAGCUUUGUCAUUCAGAAUGCUGUCUUCACUCUGGCCUACCUGGUAGAACUGUGUGGCUUAUGCUACCGAGCCUUCACUAAGGAAAGGGAUAAGUUCUACUUGUCCCGCAGCGUCAUCUUAGAAUUACUGCAGGCACUGAAGUUAAAGUCACCCUUACCAGAUACGAACCUGCUGCUGUUGGUACAGUUUGUUUGUGCAGAUGCUGGAACAAAACUAGCUGAGUCAACAAUCUUGCAUAAACAGAUGAUUGCAUCUAUGCCAGGAUGUGGAACAGCAGCAAUGGAGUGCAUGAGGCAGUACGUUAAUGACGUGCUGGAUUUUAUUGCCGAUAUGCAUACCUUAACCAAAUUAAAGAGUCACAUGAAGACGUGUUCCCAGCCACUGCAUGAAGACACAUUUGGUGGACAUCUCAAAGUUGGUUUAGCUCAGAUUGCAGCUAUGGAAAUUACACGAGGAAAUCACAGAGAUAAUAAAGCUGUGAUUCGUUACUUGCCGUGGCUGUAUCAUCCUCCUUCUGCAAUGCAACAGGGGCCCAAAGAAUUCAUCGAAUGUGUAUCUCAUAUUCGUUUACUCUCCUGGCUACUUCUGGGGUCUCUGACACACAAUGUCGUCUGUCCGAAUUUUCCCUCGUCUUGCAUGCCAAUUCCUCUGGAUGCUGGCUCCCACAUUGCAGACCACCUUAUUGUUAUCCUGAUUGGGUUUCCAGAGCAAUCAAAGACAUCAGUGCUGCACAUGUGUUCCCUCUUCCAUGCAUUUAUAUUUGCUCAGCUCUGGACAGUGUAUUGUGAACAAACAGCAGUAGCUCCUACGGUCCAAAAUCAAAAUGAGUUUAGCUUUACAGCCAUCCUUACAGCUCUGGAGUUCUGGAGCCGAGUGACACCUAGUAUCAUACAGCUUAUGGCACAUAACAAAGUGAUGGUGGAAAUGGUGUGUCUACAUGUGAUUAGUUUAAUGGAGGCUUUACAAGAAUGUAAUUCCACUAUCUUUGUCAAGCUAAUACCUAUGUGGUUGCCAAUGAUUCAGUCAAAUCUAAAGCAUUUAUCUGCUGGACUCCAACUGCGCCUUCAAGCCAUUCAGAAUAACGUGAACCACCACAGCCUGAGGAUGUUACAGGGGUCAGGACAAAUGAACAAUAGCUCAUCUGCACUCCGCAAAUGGCUCCAGUGUACCCAGUUUAAAAUGGCUCAAGUGGAAAUUCAGUCAUCUGAAGCUGCAUCUCAGUUUUAUCCUCUAUGA